UCACCUCGAUCCGGCGUGUAUGCAGAUUUUCUUUUGUCGUCCAUCCAUAAUAUUUCAGAAAAUCGUAAAUUUUGUUCAACUUUCAAAAGUGGCGCCAGUUUCAUACUUACGUAAAAUCGGUCGCCGCCGCCGGAAGUUCCGUCACACGUUGCCCGUCCCGUCCGCUCUCAGCGCUUGCCCGCUUUCCUGAUCGUCAUUUGCUUGAAGCUGCUGUACACCGCAAGACCACCCCCGGAAUUGUAUGAGUCAAAAAACAGAAAAGCCAGUGCUAUCGGGUCAACGCAUCAAGACCAGAAAAAGAGAUGAGAAAGAGAAGUACGACCCCGCCGGGUUCCGCGACGCGGUCCUGGUGGGACUCACCAAGGCUGGCAGCGACCUAGAGGCCAUCUACAAGUUCCUCGACACUGCCGGAUCAAAGUUGGACUAUCGUCGCUAUGGCGAAGCCCUGUUUGACAUUCUCAUUGCUGGAGGGUUGCUUAUGCCAGGAGGCAGUAUCCAGCUUGAGGGUGACAAAGUAUGCAAGUGGGGUUCAUGCAUCUUUGAUGCCGCCGAGGACAUGGAAACGAUGCAUAAUUACGAGCAAGUGUUUGUAAAGCUUAUGCGUCGCUACAAGUAUCUUGAGAAGAUGUUUCUGGAUGAGAUGAACAAGAUUCUUGUUUAUCUCAAAGGCUUCACUGAAUCGGAGCGUCUUAAGUUGGCUCGUAUGACAGCUUUGUGGAUGGUGAAUGGUUCUGUACCUCCCUCAACUUUGCUCGUCAUGAUCAAUGAACAUCAAGUGAAAGAUGGGCUUGCUUUGGAUUUUCUGCUUGAAGUGUUUGUCACUUGGAAAAAUGAAAAGGGAUUACCGUCACUGAUGAUGGCUCUGAAGAAAGGCGGCCUUGAAGGACGUUUAAUGGAGUUCUUCCCAAUGAACAAGCGGGGCGAGGAACACUUUAAAGUUGUCUACGAUGAGAAGGGUCUUGGAGAGGUCGUCAAGCUUCACAGGGCGCAGGCUAGCCAAGAAGCUAAGAAAGACAUGCAGCUGCAGCUGGAGGACCUGCUUUCCGAAGGGCGCCCUAUUAAGGACCUAGUGGCGGAAAUUCGAGAGUCGUCAUCAAGAAACGCUAUCGCCGAUAGUGAUGUCAUCUCACUGAUUUGGACAAGCGUCAUGGCACAAGUUGAAUGGAACAAGAAGGAAGAGCUGGUCGGCGAGCAGGCCCUCAAGCAUCUGAAAACGUUUGCCCCGCUGUUUGCUGCCUUCACUACAUCGGCCAAAGCUGAGCUAUGUCUCAUGCUCAGAGUCCAGGAAUAUUGCUAUGGCAACAUGAACUUCAUGAAGGUCUUCUCAAAGAUCAUCAUGCUCUUUUACAGAACUGAUGUAUUGUCGGAAGAAGCUAUCCUUCGAUGGUACAAAGAAGGCCAUUCUGUCAAGGGGAAGAUGAUGUUCCUUGACCAGAUGAAGAAGUUCAUUGAGUGGCUCCAAAAUGCUGAGGAGGAGUCGGAGUCUGGCGAGGAUGAAGACUAAUAAAGUAUCGACCAUGCUCAGGUUUUCUAAGAUUCAACUGCACUGACAAAUUCAGACGACGCCUGCCAAUAUACUGGCCAAAAGGACCAUUUAAUCUCGCCUCAUCGUUAAAAUAAAAGUUUUGCAACCCUCAGAAAUGCUGAAAAGUUUGCCAGUGCAGCUCAAACAUACCUUUUCUUUAGCUUUGGUUGCAGGUGCAUUUUAUACUAAAAUGUUUGUGAAGACAGAUUGAUUGAAAAUACAACAUAAAACAACACAGUUAAAAAGUAACAUUAGAUAUAUAAAUUUAAUAACUUAAAAUGAAUGGCUGGGUAUCAUGUAUGGAGAGGGAAUAAUCCUGUGCUCUAGAGUAACUAUUUAUAGGUACAUGAUGAUGACAUGGUAAUUUAAUUUCUUAUGUGUUUUGGAUAUAAAACCACAAGGUGAUGUCAAGCAAUUCCCAUAA